AGGUGGUGCUUGUAUGCAGUUAGAACAGACCAACAAAGUUCAGGAAAGUAUUCAAUCUCUGAUGACAAAAACAGAAGAAUCUUCACCGUGACUAUAAAUGAUCUGACGGGUAAGGACACUCAUUAUUGGUGUACUGUGGUGAUUAAAAGAUGGCCAGAUGAGAGAGCAUAUUUUCAUCUGUCAGUCACUGAAGGCACACCCAGUCUUUAUGUGGACCAUCAGGAGAUUACAGCAUUUAUAGGAGAGAAUAUAACUAUUAAUUGUCACAAUGGUAACACUGGAGCAAUGAGCUGGUGCAGAUUGGGAGACGCAUGUGUGACAUCGUCUAGAUCAAUUGGUGGAAGAAGAGUGACCAUCGAUACAAAGAACCGUAAUGUUUUCACUGUGACUAUGAGCGGACUGAGGACAGAGAGCAGCGGCUGGUAUUAUUGUGUCAAAGGAGACUUCCAGAUGCCAGUUUAUGUAACUACUGCUUACCCACAUUUAGCCAGUGAAGCGCCUACAGCUCAUGGCGGACACUUCAGUUCUACCAAUCUCUCAACAAGUUUCUCAAUCCGACUGACCUUGUUGGUCCUCUUUGUAACGGUGACCUCAUUCAUCUGGUUUAUGGUCAAAAGACACAUGCGAAUCAAAUUAGACUCAUCAGCCACAACAACAACGACAACAACGGCUGAAACGGAAGUAAGAUACAUGAGAAGAACUUCGGAUGAGAGGUCCCAUGCAGAGAGUGAAGUGGAAGGAAUAUAAACUUGUUUGAUUAAAGUGACUUUAAG